AUGUGUUCGCUGCCUUCAAUCGCAGAACUACCGGCGGUUACAGACCCAGUUCUGUCACCGGCUGUGGAGUCGCCCUCCAUAGCUCCGCGCACAGACCCGAUUAGGGUUCUGUUCGAGCAGAUGAUGGCAGGUUUAGCGAGAGUGGAGACACGCAUGGACGACUACGUUCGCCGCCCGUCUUCGCGCCACACGCUACGACCGGAACCGGAGCCGCCACACAGUCGCGCGACCCCUCAUUCGCUGGAGGUCGCCUUGCCGUUUACUCCGCCGUUUGAUGCGGUGUCCGUCGUUACGCCGCCACUGCCGACGAACGUCCCCUGUCUGAGCCGCACCGAGGGGUUUCUUCCUAACCCUAAUUGCGCAGCAGGCUCGCUUCGACCAGGGUUCGCCCAGCAGCAAUCAGCGGGGGAAUCGCCGCCCACAUCGCGACCACAGCGCUCGUCGUGGGAUCUGCCGCCCACGUCGGGAUCACAGCAGACAGGGCCAUGGGAUCUGCCUCCCUCUUCACGCGCCCCUGCCGCAUGGGAUCCUUGGGGCAACCGCUUCACCGAACACCAGAUUCAUAGCGGGCACUCAUCGUGGGACCUUCCACCCACGUCGCGAGGUCAGCACUCAUCGUGGGAUCGGCCAGCCGCGUCGCAUUCGCACCAUGCGCAGGCACCGCCAUGGGGAUUUCCCUCCUCUUCUCUCACGACCGCGGAUUGGGAUCCCUGGGGUAUUCGGUUCCCAGAUCACCAAAUUCAAAACGGUCACACGUCGUGGGAACCCCAGGAGCAGCGACAACCCGCGUCCUUACCGAUCGCGGAUAAGCCAUACGGGUUAACAACUUCCGUUACUAGCAAGAGCUUAGUACCUGUCCCAGCAGCUGUGCCUGAGCAGACCAUAUCUCAGCCUGUAACAUCUAAUGCUGGGCCAUCUGGUUUCGGUCGAAUCGAGACUCCACCACCUUCUUUGAUAACCCCAGGGCAUCUGUUACAGUCUGGACUAUCUACUGCUUUUGCACCUCAAUCUAUACAAACAACACAUAAGGAUGUGGAAGUAGUUCACGUGUCAUCAAAGCCUGUGGCUGACUCAUUAGCUCAUGGAGCAGCGGAAUCUCAACCACCUAUAUUACCAUUGCCACCAAAUGCGCAUGCCCACAAGCCAAAUGGAAGGCUGUAUUAUGCGCGUAACAAUUACAGAGGGCGUGGCGGAAGAGGCUCUGGGAACCUGCGGCCGGUUAUGAAAUUUAGUGAAGAUUUUGAUUUUUUGGCAUAUGAGGAUGAGGAUGAUGUUGAAUUGCCUAAUGUUGAGGUCAAGCCUAUUUACAAUAAGGAUGACUUCUUUGAAUCCCUUUCUUCCAAUGCCCUGAACAAUGAUCCUAAUCAUGGAAGGACAAGAUACUCGGAGCAAAUAAAAUUAGACACAGAGACGUGUGGAGUAUAUUCAAGGUAUCGAGUUGGUACAAGAGGCCUCAUUGCUCAUUGGUUUCCACCUUGA